AUGGCUUUCAACGAGCAGCCAUCAAACCCCCUCCCCGAAUCAGUGGCCGAGGACGCCGCCGCCGCUGUCGCUGCUGAAGAAGCCACCGGAUCAGCCCCAGCACGCCAGCUGAUCGAUGAGGCGAAGCGCCACUUUGCCCUCAAGGAAUAUGUUGCUGCCUCGGACAAGCUCGCACUUGCUCUCGAAGAGCUGGGUUCGGAUCAUGCUGAAGACGCAGACGAACUAGCCCCAGUCCUGCAGCUCUACGGCCAGAGCGUGCUCGAAAACUUUAUUCUCAACUCGGGUGCACUCGGUGGAGGUGGCGGUACAGCACCUCUUCCCUCCGCUUCUGCAGUUGCCGCUCCUACUGCUUCAGGCUCUUCCUCCAAAGCUUCAGGAUCUUCAUCGAGCGCCGUCAAGAAUGACCCAAGGUUCAGCUUCAGUGGCGACGCUGAAGACGAUGAUGAUGACGACCAAGACGAAGGCGCUCCCGGUGCAGGUGCAGCAGAGGGCGACGACGAAGACGAUCUCCAGACCGCCUUCUCCGUUCUCGACCUCGCCAGGGUCAUCUACCAGCGCAUCCUCGAUUCCGACUCUGCAAAACUCACAACGCUGGACGGACAAGAAUGGUCCAAGACGCGCAUCCAGGCUGAGUUGGCCGAAGUCUUGAACUUGCUCGGCGAUGUGGGUUUGGAAUCGGAGAACUUCACCCAAGCCUCCGCUGACUACCGUUCCAGCCUUGACGUGCUGUUGCCUUUGCUCAACCCGCACUCGCGCCGUCUCGCCGAUGCGCACCUGCGUCUCGGUCUUGCGCUCGAGUUUCACCCUGAGGUCGAACAGCGCAAGGGUGCCAAGGCGCACGUUCAGGCGGCGUCGGAUGUGCUUGCCGCUCGCGUUGCUGUUAUCCAGGCGCGCAUCGACACUCUUGCGGCUCAGAACAGCAGCUCCUCGGCGGAUACUGCUUCAGGAGGAAAAGAGAAGGACGACUUGGCGGAUCUGACCGAUGAAGCAGCGCUGCAAAAGGAGCUCUUGGAUGUGCAGCAGCUGAAAAAGGAACUCGACACCAAACUCGAAGAGUACGAAAGCGAGGAUGGCCAGGCGCAGCUCAACGGGCAGCCGGAUCUCACGGGUGUCUUGGGGCUGCCUGCCGACGCUGCGGCGGCGGCAGCGGGCAUGUCGACCAAAGACGCGCUGCAGCAAGCCAUCAAGGAUGCCUUCCUAGGUGCGCAGGCGGAAGGCUCGACCGACCUCAACCCUUUCACAGGCGCCGCUGCCAAGGGUGCUGCGCCGGACGCACCGGUCAACAACCUCAGCUCGAUGGUCAAGAGGAAAAAGAAGCCGGAGGCGGACGAAACCGCCGCGGCGGCGGCGGCAGAGGCAAACGGCGGAUCCGAGGCGAAGAAGGCUCGCACGGAAGCGUAG